UCACCAGGAAUAGUCUGCUUCCAUUACCACCAUCAUCCUGUCUAUUGGUUUCCAGUCCCAAGCAUGCUGUAGUCAGUUACCAUCUGCACCGCUGUAGCUGCUUCCAUUGGGAUCUGAUUGGGACAGGCCUUCGAGAAUUUGAAUCACCUACGCAUGGAGCACAAAGUUGAUGAUGAUGAUGAUGAUGAUGUGUCUUUCGCCAAAUGGAUGAGCAGCUUCUGGGGUCACAGCUGGACAGAAGAGAAUGAGAGAGGACUCCGGGACCGCCACAGAUCACAAGAUGCCACUUACAGGAAAACCUCCCUGCCCUGCCCAUUUCCUGUGCUUCCCAGAAUCACAUCGUCUGUCAGCCAUCCCAGAAGGCAUUCUCAUGAGGACCAAGGAUUUCGAUGCCAUACCCACAUGCUGGAUUUCAGAAAAUGCUCAGUGGAUGAGUCAUUCAAGGAGCCACUGGAAUCAAAAGGAAGCUCCCGUUCCAAAAUUCAAGCAUUUUCAGAGUCCUUUGAACAGCAACUGUGCUUUAGAACCAAACGCUCUGUCUCUUUGGGACCUGAGAGCAGAAAGGAGAGAAGCAAAAGGGAAUGCCUGAGGAUGGAGAUGAAAUCUCGAAAGAAAGUGGAGGAAAGAAGGAACCCUAAGAAGGAAGAACAUGGAGAAGCAUACAUGCCACCCUUGCUUGAAAAAGAUCCCAAAUAGUAUUUUGUUUCCACAUCAUGUCUCCGGAUGCCACUGUGGUUUUCGGGCCCCAGUACGCCAGGCCAGGUGGUGGUAGCUGUGAAGGAGUGCCCGCAGAGGCUGAGUGACUGCAGGGGGCGGUCAGGGCCGCUGCUCCCCCACGUGACUCAUACCCGACUCUGACUGCUUCUGAUGUCUUAGUUGAGAGUGUGAUCUGCUCUGUUGUCCUUUUAUGGGACUAAGGAGAAUGAAAGGUAUUUUAAUAGAAUAAGUUGUUCUUAAAAAUGUAAAGAAAGAUAUUUAAAGAGCCACCCACCCAUCUUCGCUAACUCUUCUUCCGCAUCAA